CUUAGAAGGAUUUUAAGCAAGAGAGCCGCUUCUCCUGGUUUCCAUCUGCUGCCUUUUAUGGUAAAACAGUAGAGGGGGAUUUGGUGUAGUAGUGAAGCCCGGGCCGGACGAGGGCUCAGUUAGACACACUCACAACAGCAGAGCAGGGGGCUGAAGAGCAGGCAGAGAGCGUGUGUGGGACACUGGGGACCCCUGAGGCGGUGGCACGGAGUGAGGCGGCACACAGCAUCACAGGGCUCAUGGGAACAAUACGCAGAGAGGCUUAACAGGUCCAGGACUCAGACAGCAGCGCAGCUGGAGGUGAGAUAACAGGCUGGUUACGAAGCUAUGAUGUACUACACUGUGGAAUUCCAGUGUGCUCCAUCCAGCACUGAGAAUGACUGACCGCUGUUACCCUUCCAGAGAGUGAAUCUGACUGAUGCUUCUGAUCUUAUGAGCUUCUGAUGCUAUGGACUGAAAGGCAGAAGUAAAGAUGACAGAGCGUUAUGACUGCCACUACUGCAAGGAGUCUCUGUUUGGGAAGAAGUAUGUUCUUCGUGAGGAAAACCCUUACUGUGUGAAGUGCUAUGAGAGCCUGUACUCCAACACCUGCGAGGAGUGCAAGAAACCCAUCGGCUGCAACAGCAGGGAUCUGUCCUACAAGGACCGUCACUGGCACGAGGACUGUUUCCACUGCUUCCAGUGCAAACGCUCACUGGUGGACAAGCCUUUCUCCACCAAAGACGAGCAGCUGCUGUGCACCGAGUGCUAUUCUAAUGAGUACUCCUCCAAAUGUCAUGAGUGCAAGAAGACCAUCAUGCCUGGCUCCAGGAAGAUGGAGCAUAAAGGAAACAGCUGGCAUGAGACCUGCUUUACCUGCCAGCGCUGCCAGCAGCCAAUUGGCACCAAGAGCUUCAUCCCCAAAGACAACCAUAACUACUGCGUGCCCUGCUAUGAAAAGCAGUUUGCCAUGCAGUGUGUUCACUGCAAGAAGCCCAUCACCACUGGCGGUGUGACGUACCAUGACCAGCCGUGGCACAAGGACUGUUUCCUGUGCACUGGCUGUAAGCAGCAGCUGUCUGGCCAGCGCUUCACCUCUCGUGAUGACUUUGCCUACUGCCUCAACUGCUUCUGCAACUUGUAUGCCAAGAAAUGUGCCUCCUGCACCACCCCCAUCAGUGGACUUGGAGGAAGCAAGUACAUCUCCUUUGAAGAGCGCCAGUGGCACAACGACUGUUUCAACUGCAAAAAGUGCUCAGUGUCUCUGGUGGGCAGAGGUUUCCUCACCAAGAGAGAUGACAUCCUGUGUCCUGAGUGUGGCAAAGACAUGUGAAAGCGUGCAAGAAACAAUUCAAGCAUGCAUGACAUUGUGCAAACCAAAGCAUUGGCAAAGCAUGAAACAGUGUGAACAAUGAAUACAUUUAGGUACUCCAUGGAAACACAGUUAACAUUGUUAUAGCAAAUAUUAUAAUAGUGAAUUUAUAGCAAGAGGCAGAUUUUCUUUAUUUCAGGAGAGUUGUUACAGCUUGCUUUAACAUGAAGACUGAUGAAAGAAUCGGUUCUAAAGAUUAAACUGUAAAACUGAGGAUAAUAUCCAUUAAUAUCUCGUUCAAAUGUCUAACCAGCUCUCUGAUGUGUUGCAUAACCCAUGUCUUAACUUGCAAAAAACGUAUUUUGGUCUAUUUGUGUAUCUAACAGUUAAGGACAGAUUCUAAAUAAAGUACAUUUAAUGCAAUAUCAAUAAAGCUUAUUAAAAUAAAUAGA